CUUGGUUCAACGUUCGCAGUUUCGUCCUUGCUUCACUCCCAAUGCUUAUUUCUCUAUGAACGUUUCUUGGGCCCUGAGAUUUCUCACUGCUGUCACCAACACGUGCUCAUGUGAAAAUUCACAUCCCAUAAUGAUCUUAGCCGACCAGUCUUGGCCCCGGACCGCCACGGCUCUUCGAAUUGACACCGAAGAUUAAUCACGAGCUCAUCUUCCCAUGUCGUACCGCUCACUUGACUUCUCGCGAUGGCGCCGUUGGGCCCACGCGAGGGGCAUUCAACAUAUAUAAGGGGGCCUGUUCCUGACCCUUGUUGGACGCAGCUUACGACGCAAUGCGCUUUCUCCUCCUCCCUCUCCUCGCCGUCCUUUCCGUGCAUGCGCACAAAGCGACUACGCCGCCCGCCGGCGCUGUCAUCGUCCGGCCGAAUACAACGGUGCCAGGGGAGUUUCCGGAUCUGGGAAGCGCCAUCAACGCGCUGCCUGCCGACAACAGCUCGCAGACUGUGUUCGUCUUCCCGGGGCUGUAUGUGGGACAGGUGAACGUUUCGCGUCCAGGGCCGGUCACGAUCCGAGGAUACACCGAGCACGCGCUCAACUACGCACACAACACCGUCACGCUCUUGCACAACGCCUCGCUCGCGACGGGCGCGGGAAGCGACGACCGCACGGGCACUCUGCGUGUCCUGUCCGCCAACGUGUCGCUUUACAACCUCAACAUCGUCAACAACUUCGGCGUCGCGCUGACGAAUGGGCAGGCCAUUGCACUUAGCGCCCAAGCGGACCGGAUGGGGGUCUAUGCAUGCGGUCUGUUCUCUUACCAGGACACGCUUUACACCAAUGUCGGGAACCACAUCUUCCUCAAAUCUUACAUCGAGGGCGCCGUGGACUACAUUUUUGGCCGGCAUUCCAUCGCAUACUUCCAGGGCAACACCCUGGCGAGUCGCGGCUCGGGAUGCAUUACCGCUAGCGGGCGUCAACUGAACGACAGCGGAAUCUACCUCUUCGAAGACAACAAAGUCAUCGCUGCAGCGGAUGCGUUCUCAAAUGUGACGGAUCACGUCUUUCUGGGUCGCCCAUGGGGAAAUUGGGCUCGCGUGAUCUUCAAGAACACCGACAUUCAAGCUCCGAUGAACAACACGAUCUGGUCGAUCUGGAACGUCGGCAACGCAAACACCGACUUCGUGGACUACGCCGAGUACAACUCUUUCGGUCCGGGUGUAGAAAACGCAAACCGCCCGAAUUUCUCGACGAUCAUCACCAAGAAGGAGGCCGCGGGGUACACACUGCAGAGCAUCAUACCGAGCUGGGCCGAUUGGGUUGAUUCGAAGUACGUACAUUGAAAUGCGCCAGAUGGCGCAUUACCAGACGUCGAAAACUUGUGCGCCUUUUUCUUGCUUUUCACGAUACAGAUUCGCUUGUGAAACCGAUGGCUGCAUAUUAUCUUAUUUUUAUGGCGACGUACUGCUACCGCUGAUUAAUUGAUUAUCCCUUACUCAUUG